UCCAGUCCGGGCUGGCGGACAGAGGGCUGGAGACAAGACGCCCCAGAAUCAGGAGCUUCCCCUCAGGAAAUAGCAUCCUGUGUCCCCGCACGGCAGUUAUCUGGUCUCUCCAGCAGUUUGGUACUUCCGACAGGGCUCAACAUUACAGCCUAAGGCAGGUGACAGGAAAGGAGAGAUCCAGCCUCUCAAACAUCAAACAGAGAGACCAUAGGCUGGUACCAUGCGUGUGGUGGUGAUCGGAGCGGGAGUCAUCGGGCUGUCCACUGCCCUCUGCAUCCAUGAGUGCUACCACUCAGUGCUGCAGCCACUGGACAUAAAGGUCUAUGCGGACCGCUUCACCCCACUCACCACCACUGACGUAGCUGCCGGCUUCUGGCAGCCCUACCUUUCUGACCCCAGCAACCCAAAGGAGGCGUCACCUCAAUGUCACCAUUCACAUGGGCCGGUGACUGCAGAAGGAUCACGCAGGACCACAUGCGCAGAGUCUUUAGAGUCCCUUGGCCAGAAACAAGUCACACGGUCUCAUUUAGCUGCAAGAGGGUCUAGGAAAUGUAGGAACUGGAGCCAACAGACUUUUGAUUAUCUCCUGAGCCACAUCCAUUCUCCCAAUGCUGAAAAACUGGGCCUGUUCCUAAUCUCAGGCUACAACCUCUUCCAUGAAGCCAUUCCGGACCCUUCCUGGAAGGACACAGUUCUGGGAUUUCGGAAGCUGACCCCCAGAGAGCUGGAUAUAUUCCCAGAUUACAGCUAUGGCUGGUUCCAUACAAGCCUAAUUCUGGAGGGAAAGAACUAUCUACAGUGGCUGACUGAAAGGUUAACUGAGAGGGGAGUGAAGUUCUUCCAGCGGAAGGUGGAGUCUUUUGAGGAGGUGGCAAGAGAAGGCGCAGAUGUGAUUGUCAACUGCACUGGGGUAUGGGCUGGGGCGCUGCAACCAGACCCCCUGCUGCAGCCAGGCCGGGGGCAGAUCAUUAAGGUGGAUGCCCCUUGGAUAAAGCAUUUCAUUCUCACCCAUGAGCCAGAGAGCGGCAUCUACAAUUCCCCGUACAUCAUCCCAGGGACCCAGACAGUUACUCUUGGAGGCAUCUUCCAGCUGGGAAACUGGAAUGAGCUAAACAAUAUCCAGGACCACAACACCAUUUGGGAAGGCUGCUGCAGACUGGAGCCCACUCUGAAGAAUGCAAGAAUUGUUGAUGAACGAACUGGCUUCCGGCCAGUACGCCCCGAGAUUCGGCUAGAAAGAGAACAGCUUCGCGUUGGACCUUCAAACACAGAGGUCAUCCACAACUAUGGCCAUGGAGGCUAUGGGCUCACCAUCCACUGGGGAUGUGCUCUGGAGGCAGCCAAGCUCUUUGGGAGAAUCCUGGAAGAAAAGAAGUUGUCCAAAAUGCCACCAUCCCACCUCUGAAGACUCCAGUGACUGCUGCUUCCCCCACAAGAACUCCCUUCUCCCCUCAGCCAACAAAUCAAUGUGCUUCUUCAUAAGCCAUUGCUUAUCCCUCACUUCUUUCCUCAAAGAAGCAUGAAGUGAGAGAAAGCUAUAAAGUCAGUGCCUGGAGAAGGGUUCAGCCCAACAUGGGGCCCCUCUCAUCACCGAAAUCCCUCUACCUUCUCUGGAUCUGGCAUUAUAAAGAACAGCUGGGGGCUGUUAUUCCAUGAGUCUUCAGAAGAAAGGACAGCUCAGAAAAUCAAAGAGGCCAACUGCCCAGAGCCACAGAAAAUUGAGGAUAAUUGAGACUAAGUAACAUGAUUACAAGUUGUACUAACAUAUUAAAGGUUCUGAAAAGUCCUGCAGCAAAGACAACUA